AUGCGUAGUCUAUCUAUAACUCCCACUUCUAUCGUUUCCAAGAUCCAUUUUGACUUUAUAUCCGCUCGGUGGAUAGGUAUCAUCAUCGAUUUGCCACUUAUUUCUCUUAUAUACACGUGUUUGUCUCCUGUGUCUCUCACUAUUUCUGCUAUCCUUGACAUGCGUCAACUUUCCCACCGCUAUGAACGGUUCGUAGCCUUGGUUUUCUCAGAAAUUCGUCAGUCAUCAUUACUUCCUUGCUUCGCCUUAACUUAUUUAUUUCUUUAUUCUCUUUCAUCCACCAAACUGUCUGAAUUCCCGGAUGAUAGCCCCCAGUUAUAUCACGAGCGGGGCGACACUUCGAAGUCUUUUCUUUCUUCCUCUCUUUCCCUUGUCUUCCUGCCUCGGGGCUUGGGGACUUGGGUGGCGAUUAAGUUUAAACUGCUUUCUUUCUCUAUCUACUUCAUCUACGUGUGGCAACAUUCUCCUUUGAGAUCCUUUCCUCUUCUCUUUCCGUUUCCAAUAAGUAUUUUGAGAUCUUUUUUUGCUUUCUUCUUUUCUUUAUCUAUAAGCGUCUGGUCUCGGAACUUGGCAGCAUUCCGCAUAUUUCGUAGUUUAUUUCCCCAAAAUUCAAACAUUCCUUUCGUUACACGCGCUUGCAUUCGGUCGUCCGUUCGAGGUUCGAAGAGUGACUUUUCUUCUGCAUAG